CAGAAAUGGGAAAGGUGUCUCCAAUUUUAGUCCUGUUUCUAUUUAACGUCUCUAACUUUCAUUCGCAUGCUCAAUGCGAUCUCAGUUCGGUUCUAAUUGAUGAAAUAAAAGACUAUGCGCCUGUGGUUCAAGCAAUCAUACAAAAGGUUCUAACUGGCGAUUUCAAAGGCAAAUUGUACAAUGAUACGGCACUUUUCGUUGAUACUGUUGGGGCAAGAGUUGUAGGAUCGGAAGGACUAGACAACGGCAUCGAUUUCAUUUUGAAUUGGAUGAACGAUCAAGGUUUCGACGAUGUUCACGGUGAGGAAAUUGAUACGCCAAAUUGGAAACGUGGAAAAGAAACUUUGGAAAUGAUUGAGCCGAGACAUCAACGUCUCAAGAUAUUGGGUUACGGAUCAAGUGUGCCCACAAGGGAACCGAUCUAUGCUGAAAUUAUUGUGGUUAGAGAUUACGCUGAAUUGGAACAAAGAUCGAAUGAGGUUUAAACGGAUGAUUCAAACACAGUUGAGUGCGAGCGGUGAAC